AAAUCGGUCAGAAUAAUAGCCAUAAGAUACGUUUUUACUUUAAAACUUUUAAGUCCUACAAAACCUGAUAAGAAAGUGUACGUGCAUAAGUGCCUUAUUUGUUUAUUUAUGUAUUUAUUUAUUUAUUAUUAUUGUAUAUAGAUAAAAUAACAAUCAUAAUCAUAAUCAUAGUUUAGCUGUGAGUCAGGUAUAAGCCACGCCCACUUCCUGGACUUCUCACCUGGGAACGCAGCGCGAGACCUGCGUACCUACGACAGCGCACAGCCAUGUCCACACCGUGGCGUCGACUGUUCUUCAUGCUGGUUGGAGCUGUAGUGUGUGCAGCAGAUCUGGAGAAAUAUGACUCACAGGGCGACAUCACCUGCUCUCAGGGUUUGAAACAGUGUACAAUCGAUAAUAUGGACCGCGUGCUUCCUCCGUGUGAUGGUGCACUUCCAUUCUGCACUUCCACCCUGGUAGAUGUUUUGGCUCUCGGUGUGCAGCCUGCUCUCUGCACCAAAGCAACCAUGAUGUACAAAGCGUGUCUCAGGAUCCGAAUUCAGCUCAAAGUCCUUGCUACAGAUAAUGAUGACGUCAGCGGAGAAACACAAGAGGAUUUAGAAAACGAAGACCCUGCUGCUAUAACCUUGUGCUAUGUGUCUGCACCGAAUCUUAAGUCCUGCAAAGAGAUCAAGUUUUUUGUGAAAUCCAGCACACAGAAUCACCAAGAAGAAUCGGUGGAGGUGGAGGUGAAGGAAGGUGUGUUCCUGGGCAGCACUGUGAAUGUCUCGGUGCACAGCAAGCAUCAGGUGGUGCAAUUCCCACGGGUUGACUCAGUUUGUCCGUCUCCUCAUAUCGAGGAAUGUAAAAAUCCCAUAAUCUACCCAGAGAUCGACGAGGAGAGAGGAGUGAUGGAGCUGAAGGCAGAGCUGGAUGAUCGGAAGGAGCUGCAUUUGUGUGUGAAGAGGAAAGGGAUGCCCUUGUGCAGGACGAGUGACUGGACCAUCCCUCUGCACGCCGUCACACACUGCAUGUGUUUCCAGGCUUGGAGAAAAAACACAGAAGAUAAAAUAUCUUCCCGGUCUGAAAUGUGCCCCUUUGAGAAAGACAAAGGGUUCAGGAGGAACGUGGUGAAGAAUGUGUCUCUGUCCGUCGGACACUCUGAGACGAACGAAGGCCGUCCAGCGUUGAACUGGAACGUGAGUGCCCCCUGCAAACUGGAGGUCGAGGUGUGGCCGUGUCAGAUGGCGAUGCAUGUGGGAGGAGGCUGCAGGGAAGUGCUUGGGUUCAGACAGAACAUCAGCACAGGGUGGGAUGAGAACAUCAGCACACUGUGGACAUCCGGUGCGUUUCUGGACGUUAGAACUACAAACCACCUGCUGCCCUGUGUGAUGUUUAAAUUAGACGGAGAAGCCUUCGGCCCUGUGUGUGAUCAUUACACCUCUAGGGGGCGCUGGAUCUGUGUGGUGCUGCUGCUGCUGCUGCUUGUGGUGCUGCUCUCAGCAGGAGUGUGUGCGCUCAGGAUCAGACACAGAGAAUGGCUUUCAAAUUCCAACCCGGCAUAUCAGUCCCAAGGUCGCCUUGGUGACGUGCUGCUCGUGCACUCAUCCGGUUCUGAUUCGUCUUUCUCCGACACCGUGUGCUGGUUUGCUACCUGGCUUUCUGAACUCGGGUUCUCCGUCUCUCUGGAUCUGUGGAACCAGGCUGUUGUGAGUAAACUGGGUCCGACCCCGUGGCUGCACUCGCGACUUCAGCACGUCCAAAAGAGCGGCGGAAAGACCUUGGUGCUGCUCUCACAUGACGCUGUGCACCGAGCCGAGGCCCACUCUGAGAGCUGGAGCUGUGUGUCCAACAAAGAAGACGGCAAGACAAGCAAAACGUCCUGGAUGUGGAACGCCGACGUCUUCAGCUCGGCUCUCAGCUCAAUUUUCUCUGCUCGCCUGCAGGGUUGCGCCGUUGAGCACUUCGCUCUUGUGCAGCUGGAGUCAGGGGCGCUUGAGCUGCCUGAGCUGUUUCAAGGCCUGAAGCUCUAUCAGCUGCCCUCAGAAUCUCAGCGCCUUCUCACCGAUCUCCAAACCAGGAGCCUGGGAAGCUUUGGAGCUCGGCUCAAGAGGUUCCUCUGGACCUGGAGAGCAUCAGCGAGGCUGGAGAAGAGGCUGAGGGACUGUGGGAAAGAGCAGCAGACACCUACAGAGUCCAUGCUCACACACGUCAAAUCGCUGAGUGUGGAGAAGGACACUGAGGAGGAGACACUCCCUCUGAACUCGUAUUUACCUCACAGAGCAGGGACGAAUGUAACAGUCCGGUCAUGAAAUGAAGAAGUCUGUACAACAUGUACAUAUGAAGGAAGAAAACGUUAAUGUGUUCGCUUCUGUCAGGGAUUCUAUCAGUUCCUGGAAGAAGAUGUUUCUGUGUUAUAUCAAUAUUUCUUUGCACCAAGUCUGGGAGAUACACAUGAAGUUCCAGAUCUUCAGCGUGCCAAAGAAGCUUAAAUCUUCACCUCAGUGACACAGAGACAAUGUUAAAGACUUGGUACAAAGUUUUAACUUCAAAUCAGCUGAAACAAAUCUGCUUGUAAUUAUCUGAACAUUAUUUUAAACAAUACCUGCAGGGCUACAUGACAAUUUAACAUUAUUCUAAAAACUGUUCUGGUUCCGGUCCAUAGAGGAAGUGAGACGAAAGGCGGGACGCAGUAACAGGAUGACCCUAAACCUGGGGUAGAAGGUUGGGAAAUGUAAAAAUGGAAGAGAUUCGUGUUUAAGGAACUUACACCAAAGUUUCACUCUGUUAGCUUUACACUAAAGUCACUGAAGUCAUGCUGAUGCUGGGCUCGGAGACUCAGAGCAGGUCUGCAAAUAACUCACCGUGACGACAGAUGACGAAGAUGAUGAUGAAGAUGACGAAGAAGAAGAUGAUGGACUGUGUGUCUGAGUUUGGGAUGCGUGUGUGUGUGCGUGUGUGUGUGUGCGUGUCCGCAUUUAGUUGUUUCGUUGUACGAAAGUAUUGUGCACUUUGUCCUGCAGAUGAAGGCAGACGACAGUUUGUGCAGGCUGCAAGUCAAACACGUAACAGUUUUAUUUUAUUCUGAGCAGAACGGAACACGAUUCAGCAGACGAGGCUCUGCUCAGAGACGGCGGGUAAACGUGUAAAUAUUGUAGAUGUGUCUCUAUAUACUCAAACACAAUUACUGCGGAUUAUAUCAUCUACAUGAGAGCGUUUUACACUUUAACACACGUCGCUUUUUAAUCUGAAUGUGUGUCAGUUAAUAAAUUAUGAAUAAUGUGUAUUGAAUCUUCUGAUAUUUACCACCAGUUUAUUUAAUAAACCCACAAUGAAGACA